AUGCUCUCGACGGAAUUGUCCGAGGAACAGGUAUCGGCCCUGAGGGCCAAUAAAGACCGCCUUGCAAAGGACCUCCAUCAUAGCUGCCAAUGGGGUUUUGGGAUCCGCUGGGGAGAUGGCUCUACAGACACGGGCAUGCAGCGCCUGGCGCUAUCAGACGAAGACAAGACGGUGCGAGACUGGUUUAUCGAGACAACAAAGGCAUUGAAAUGCAGUGUCACAAUUGACGAGAUGGGCAAUAUCUUUGCCGUACGGCCCGGGCGACGCAAGGACGUGCCUCCGGUGUUCAUCGGUAGCCAUUUGGACACGCAACCUACUGGUGGUCGGUACGACGGCAUACUAGGGGUUCUUUCGGGGAUUGAGACCUUGAAAGUCAUCGACGAGAUGGGACUCGAGACAGAGGGUGGUGUUGGUGUUGUGAACUGGACAAAGUAG